AUGGGUUGCUUUUCUUGGAUGUUUAGACUCAAAUUCAAGAAUGUAAAAAGGAUUGGAGACAGGGGAUCCAGUUCGUGCCAUUCUGUGGUUUCCUCAGGGCAUGUGAGGAACAAUACAGUCAAGGGUAAGGAUAAGGAUAGUGCAACACUAUGCUUCACAUUUCGGGAACUCGCAUCCGCUGCUGGGAACUUUUCAGAGGCUCAGAUUGUUGGGGAAGGGGGCUUUGGAAAGGUUUAUAAAGGCCGGCUAAAAUCAGGCCAGCUUGUCGCGAUUAAAUGUCUUAAUCCCGACAGCCAGCAAGGAAGCCAAGAGUUCUUAGUUGAGGUACUUAUGCUAAGCCUCUUGCAACAUACUCAUCUUGUCAACCUACUGGGCUAUUGUGUUGAUGGAGACCAACGGAUCUUGGUGUAUGAGUUCAUGCUAAAUGGAAGCUUGGAUGACCAUUUGUUUGACGUGGAUCCUGACAACAAUCCACUUGAUUGGAAUACAAGGAUGAAAAUUGCAGUUGGUGCUGCUAAGGGCCUCAAAUAUCUUCAUUGUGAUGCAGAUCCACCAGUUAUUUAUCGAGACCUAAAAUCUGCAAACAUAUUGUUAGAUAGUGACUUCCAUCCUAAGCUUUCAGAUUUCGGGCUUGCUAAAUUUGGACCCUUAGGUGACAAAACUCAUGUUUCUACUCGGGUGAUGGGAACCCGUGGAUACUGUGCACCAGAGUAUGCCAAGACUGGAAAACUGACUACCAAAUCUGAUAUAUAUAGCUUUGGCGUUGUUCUGCUGGAAUUGAUCACUGGACGAAUGGCACUUGACUUGAGCAGACCCCAUUCCGAACGUGACCUGGUCACUUGGGCUCGGCCUUUCUUCAGGGAUAAGAAGAAAGCUCUUCGGCUGGUUGAUCCUUUGCUGAGUGGCUGCAUUCCUACCCGCUAUGCCCAUUCUGCAAUAUUUGUUGCUGAAAAGUGUCUCCAUGAUUUGCCUUGUAAGCGUCCUGACAUUUGUGAUAUUGUUGAAGCACUUGAGUACAUCGCCUGCAAAUCCUAUGAGCAAGAAGUGCCGAUUGUUCCCAGCCGUGACCUCGCCUGCAAAUCCUAUGAGCGAGAAGUGCAGACUGUUCCAGGCCAUGACCUCAUUCAAAGCGAAUUAGCAUGCAAUUUCUAGUGCCCACGGCCACCAUUGCGCUGCCUGAAUGUCAUCACCACCUUCAGUUGCACCAAUGGCAGCAGCAUUUUUGGCCAUUUUUUUACUAGUUGCCAGAACUCGUUGCCACGAAUCCAGUUCAGAGUUCUCAUGAACAUAUUUUCCGUUUAAAUUUGCAAUGUACAUACAUUUUUAGUUGAAAAAAGUAGUACGGGCAGUGUAAAUGGAUUAUUUGCCAUCAGUAUUUAUAAAGGUAAUAGAGGUUUGAGUUCCAUUUUUUGCUGUUGUGUUGAGUGCCAAAUCACAAUCACUCCAUUUUUAUUUUUUCAAUGAAAGAAUCAACGUUAUAAAUUUUUUUUAUUUAUUUUUCCCCUUCAGAAAUUCAAACAAUUAAUAAAUUAAGAAUUAAUAUGUACACGAUUGGGCCCAAGUUGGGCGAC